GCAUCUGUGGUUGGACUUGCUGUUGUCCUAGUCACGUUUCCAGAGCACGGUGCAUUUAGUAAAGUCUUCAACAGAACCUCAGAAACCGCCUAUUUGGGUUCAGCGUUUGUUCACCUAGCUCUUCAGAGAGCGAUUGAUCUGACGGAUGCUGCUUAUGCUCACACUAGAGAGAGGGUGAAGAAGUCGUUUUCUGAAGGAGCUCUGAGACCAAGUGACCUGCUGGCCCAGUUUAAACAGGUGGAAACCAGAACCAGGACUCACAUUCGCUCUGCUGAGCUGCUGGAAAACACAGUGGAGCUGAUCAGAGAGAUGGUCUACACCAGCACCAUGCUGCAGCCCAGUCCAUCUGAGCUUCUGAGUGAAGGGGACGUGGAGGACCUGCUGCAGGUGACGGGCUGCUCCACGGAGCUGCACUCGCCCAGCUGUCAGACGGACUGUCUGUCUGAGCGCUACAGGUCCAUCACAGGAGAGUGCAACAACAGGGAGCAUCCAAAAUGGGGUGCUGCAAACAUCCCGUAUUCCCGCUGGCUGCCUCCAGAAUAUGAAGAUGUGUGGGGGACACCCAGAGGCUGGGAGCCCAAACACACCUACCACAAUGUCAGCCUGCCUCCUGUACGGCUGGUGUCACAGGAAGUUCUGUUCACCCACAAUGAUAAAAUCUCGGCAGACUCCUCUCUGUCCCACCUGCUGGUGGACUGGGGUCAGUGGAUCGAUCACGACAUGGUGCUGACCCCUCAGAGCCCCAGCACAGCCACCUUUAAGACGGGUGACGACUGCACCCGCAGCUGCAGCCGGGACUCACCCUGCUUCCCUAUUCAGAUCCCCUCUUCUGAUCCUCGCAGCGGCAUCCAGAGCUGUAUGCCUUUCUUCCGCUCCGCUCCCAGCUGUAACAGCAGAGUCCUGCCUCGUUCCCACCGAGAGCAGCUCAAUGCCAUCACCUCCUUUGUAGAUGCCAGCAUGGUGUACGGUAGCUCCCCCAGUUUGGCUUCAGCUCUCAGGAACCUCUCGUCACCUCUGGGCUCCAUGAACCUCAACUCCCAGUUCUGGGAUGAGGAGCUGCCCUACAUGCCAUUCCUGCCCCGCGUGCAGGCUCACCUGGACCCCUGCGGCCCCCGUAACUCCACCACUUUGGGGCCAUCUAGUAGAUCUCCGCUCCUAGAGAACACCACUUCAUGCUUUCAUGCAGGGGAUUCAAGAGUUAAUGAGCAUCUGGGACUGAUUGUGCUGCACACACUUUUUCUGAGGGAGCACAACAGGCUGGUGAAAGAGCUGCACCAGCUCAACCCUCACUGGAGUCCAGAGACCCUCUACCAGGAAGCGAGGAAGAUCAUAGGAGCCAUUCACCAGAUCCUAACCUGGGAGCGCUACUUGCCACGAGUGCUGGGUGAGGGCGCCAUGACCCGGCUGAUGCCGCCCUACCAGGAGUAUGAUCCAGACAUGGACCCAAGUAUCGCCAACACCUUCGCUACUGCCGCCUUUCGUUUUGCACACGUCACCAUACAGCCCAUGGUGACCCGGCUGGGUCCAGAGUACACCCUUAACCCCAAAUAUCCUCCUCUGCCUCUUCAUCACUCACUGUUUGCCUCCUGGAGGGUCGUGGAGGAAGGGGGUAUUGACCCUGUGCUGCGAGGCAUGCUGCUCUCUCCCGCCAAGCUGCAGACUGCAGGUCAGAUGAUGGUGGAGGAGCUCACAGAGAAGCUGUUUCAGGCACACGGAGGGAUGCCUCUGGACCUGGGAGCGCUGAACCUGCAGAGGGGCCGGGACCACGGCCUGCCUGGUUACAGCUCAUGGCGACGGUUCUGUAAUCUCUCUGCUCCCAACUCUACCUCAGAACUGGCAGAAAUUUUAGGGAACUCCACCUUAGCUCAUAAAUUUAAUGUUUUGUACGGGACCCCGCACAACAUGGAUGUGUGGGUGGGGGCCAUAUCUGAGCCCCCUCUGCCCGGGGGCCGAGUGGGACCGCUCCUGUCCUGCCUGCUGGCCAAACAGUUCAGAGCACUGAGAGACGGAGACAGGUUCUGGUGGGAGAGGAACGGCGUCUUCACCAGAACCCAGAGGAGACACCUGCACAACGUCUCCCUGUCCCGCAUCAUUUGUGACAACAGCCACAUCACCCAUGUCCCUGCGGACCCGUUUUCACGGACGGAGAGCUCAGAGGACAUGCUGACCUGUUCCCAUCCACUCAUCCCCCAUCUGGACCUCAGCCCCUGGAAAGAGCCGCAAACCGAUCCCAUCUGUGGUCCGAUACCCAGGAUCCACUCAGGCUACUCGCUGCUGUGCAACUCUACAGUCCUUUAUGAGUGUCAGGCUGGAUUCAAGCUGCUGGGCUCUCCACACAUUAGAUGUGAUUCAGAGAGCCAGAGGUGGAGCUCGCCGCCUCCAACAUGUCAAGACAUUAAUGAGUGUGAAGGACUGGUUUCCUCUUGUCCACAGCAUCUGGAAUGCUUCAACACAGCAGGUUCCUUCCUUUGCUCAGAGCCCGUCUCACUGUCUGCUGUCUCCAUUGUGGCUGCGGUGAUGGUGGUGAUUGGUGGUGUAGCUGGGCUGGUGUUGGUCCUGAUCUGUUAUCGAAGAUAUUUUCCAAAGUCUGAAGAGCUGAUUUCUGCUGAAUGUCGCCAUGGGAACAGCUGACCUCCUUUAAUCUGCUGUGAUGGAAAGUUUUAGCUGCCUUUUUUAUAACCGAGUCACAGAGUGGCUGAACAGGUCUUUGUUUACUCAUCAGAGACGUGUAAUGUCACAUGGUGUCCCCGCGUUACGCCAGCGGCCAUUCAUAAAACCCCAGGCCAAACGAUGCUUACGGUUAUUUGUGCAAACAGGUCAUGAAAACAGGAACCUAGAGAAGUUAAUCCAGGAAACUGGAAAUCUGAAAGCUCCAAAAACAGAUUUCCAGUCUUUGUGAGCCUGAGCCUGAUUACUGCUAACAAACCUGUUGGGCAACUGAGUCAGAAAUGGAAAUCCAGGGUUGUGUGAGGGCAGUUAGGGCUUUCAGAGCCCAUUUUACUUUCACAUUAACAUCUUUCUUAUCAUCCAUGCAGCCUAAACUGCUGCCUGCAGUUCAAACUGUCCUUAUUGUUGACACUAACUAGCUAGCCAGCUAACUAAAGGUUUCUAUUAUUGGUUAAAUGUUGAUUUAUUUAUUUAAGAGAGCUGUA